GCUACGCAAUCGUCGCCUGGAAUAUAAGACACGAGCGCGGGACGCUACGUUGAUCAGCUGACUUCUGGAAAUCAGCGCGAACCGUCGACGCUGCUGUCAUGAGACCGCCAUGCUUUCGCAAGUGCGCACCGUGCUUUUGGCGGCCGCGCUCCUCCAGUCCCUGGGACCAGGAGCAUGCGACAAGAACGGCUGCGCCCCGACCCCAGUGGAAGAGCUUCGUGAGCGUCUGGGCCCGGCGUUCAACGCGCGUUACAUGUCCAUAGACAAACCGCCGAAGGAAGAAGAUCCGGUACGCAUCUAUCCCCGACACACGGAAUCCGUGUGGCAGAGCGACGGCCCUCACGUCGACCGCGCGAAGCUCGACCCGCAGGCUCACCCGAGUUUUCGCGUAGACCCCGACUUCGUUCAAGACGUCGUGAACGACGGUCAUGCAAAUACGUACGAACAGAUUCAGAGCGCAAGCCGUCGUCGACGGGAAAGCAAACGGAAAGCCGAAGAAGCACCGCAAGUCAUCGUCUUCGCUUGGAAAGGAGCUCCCAUUGGACAGGUGAGCGUGACGGAACGUCGGCAGCAGCAACUCGCGGGCAGAGGUAGCCAGCAUGAAAAUUCCCACCGCCGGCGUCGUCAUGACGACGACAAGAAGCCCUGGGGUUGCGAAUCUCGUAUGGAGUGGCUCGACUUGGGCGAGGACCGCUUUCCGAGGUACCUUCGCACGGUGCGCUGCAAGGGCGAGUCGUGCUGGUUCACGCACUUCGAGUGCAAGGGCCGCGCAUUCACCGUCAACGUGUUAAGGCGCCUGACCGCCCAGCCAGUGUGCGAAGGGGAACGCGCCUCGUCCGACAGUCUACCCCAAGACCUUCGCGAAGAGUGGGUCUUCGAAGAGCGGGCGGUUACGUUCUGCUGCGACUGCACCGCCCCAACGAGUGACGACUGACUUUUUGUCGCGAGUGUGUGCACGAGCGAUCUAAUUACUUCGCAUCAUUGUUUGAAAGCUAUGACAUAACAAAUGACCUAACACAGU